UUAUUGUCAUGUCAUCUGAUGUCAUUUACUUACAAGUCGCGAAUAAAUAUUCAAAAUAAAAAUAACUAUGAUUAGCGUUAAUUUUAGUAAUUAGGCCAUAAUCUUCCGUACACUUUAAGUAUAAUGUUAAAUUAAACUUAACACGUUAGGGGCUCAAGUUCUUCAUAAAUAUUCAUGUGACUUAAUACCUUCAAGGUUGAACAUUUCGUAUCAAACUAUCAUGUUGCCUUCGGUAGCCGCUAAGUGUUUCUACAGAAAAUUAAGUAGACAUUCAAUAGAAAUAAAAUACUUGCAUUCAUUAUGCUUUGGUGGACCCAGGAUAUUUCGACGAGAUAUUUUACAUGAAAGCAAGGAGUUAUGGCGAUAUGUUCACAGUUCUGCAUACCUGUUGGAUAAGACCAAUUCUAAAAAUGUUCUCGAGUCGGAGAAAGUUGUGGCUGAGAACGAAAAUGUCAAUAAAGUAAUAAAACAGAGUCCGACUGGCGAUAUCAUAGUUAAAACGGAGACUGAUGCAAGUAAAGUGGUAACUAAGGUUACAAUCGCGAAAAUGAAGCUACCAGAUAAGUCAGCAGAAGCACCUCCCCCAAAACCAGCUAAGAAAAGACUUCUAAUAGAUUUUUCAGCGUCUUAUACUGAACGAAAUUUUAUAACUCCCAUGAGAGCCAUGACAGAGUAUUUACUGAAGCAAUCUGAUUUGGAGUCUUUACCCAAAGUUUUAAGAAGGUCUCCAUAUGAAUCUGAACCUCCAAUGACUGUGCACUACCGCAAGGAUGUAGAAGCAAAGGCAUUGGAGAUUUGGGGAUCAAAGGAAGCUCUUGAAAAGGAACUAUUAAGAAGGGAAUUAGAUAGAAGAAGAUAUGAACAAGAUGUGUUUACUGUGAAAAGGAGGCUAAGAAAUUAUAGAAGAGAAAUGAGCCACACACGUCUUAGACAUGGAGUGGAAGAGAUGGGACUAAAGACGAGGUCUGGGAGGGUUGUACUUACAGCAGUGGGAAUAAACUCCUGUAACUUCUUAUUCAAACUAUGUGCAUGGCUGUACACUGGAUCACACAGUUUAUUCUCUGAAUGCAUCCACUCGCUGGCUGACACUGUGAAUCAACUGAUUCUUGCAUAUGGGAUACAUAAAUCUGUUCAAAUGGCAGAUCCAGCUCACCCAUAUGGUUAUACAAAUAUGAGAUAUGUCUCCUCCCUCAUAUCUGGUGUUGGGAUAUUUUGUGUAGGAUGUGGCCUAUCUUUCUACCACGGAGUUACUGGUAUAUUAGACCCUCAACCUCUCCAUGAUUUUUACUGGGCUUAUUUCGUUCUUGGCGGUGCUGUAGUGUCUGAAGGCGCUACGUUAAUGGUAGCUUUGAAUGCUAUUCGAAAAGGUGCCAAGGAGGCCAAUACGUCAGUAUUCGAAUACAUAAUGCGUAGCUCGGAUCCAUCAGUAAAUGUGGUACUUUUGGAGGAUACUGCUGCCGUAGCUGGCGUUAUCAUAGCGGGAGGGUGUAUGGCUUUAUCCCAGUAUUCUGGCAACCCGUUAUAUGACGCUGUUGGUUGUAUCUUAGUCGGAACUUUGCUUGGUGGAGUAGCCUCUUUUAUCAUUCUGACGAAUGUUGGCGCCCUAGUCGGCAGAUCAAUACCGCAAGAGCAACUGGACCAAAUAAACAGCGUUUUAGAACGAGAUUUUAUGAUAAGAGCCAUUCAUGACGUCAAGGGCAUAGAUAUAGGCAGUAACCUAAUAAGAUAUAAGGCUGAAGUUGAUUUCGACGGCAGAGCUCUGACAAGGUCGUACUUAGAGAAACACGACUUGAACGCAUUAAUGGAGGACAUGAAAAAAGUUGUCACUGUUGACGAUGUAGAAGCUUUCUUGUUGAAACAUGGCGAAAAUAUUGUAGAUAUGUUGGGCGGUGAGAUUGAUAGAAUAGAAUUAAAAUUACGGAAAAAGUUUCCGCAAAUCCGGCACUGUGAUUUAGAAAUACUUUGAAAUGUAGCACUGAAUAUUAUAAAUGCGAAAGUAUGUGAGAUUUUGUGUGUGUGUGUGUGUGUAUAUGUCUGUUAGGUACUCAAUCACGUCAAAACGGCUGGAGGGAUCGGGAUGAAAUUUGGAACAGAGGUAGAUUAUGGUCUGGAGUAACGCAAAAGUUUUUUAUCCCGCCGUAAAGCGGGUGAAGCCGCUAGCAGAAGCUAGUUUCAUAUAUGUAUGAGAGCUGCAAACUAGUCAAAUAGCAAAGCUCUUUGCUAAAAGCUUACAAUAGUAAAGCGGCAGUCACAUUGUAACGUACAUAUAUAUCAUUUGCUAUUAUGUGUGUAUGCGUAUCCACAGAAGUAUUUCCUAGGGACUGUAAAUGUGUAAAAAGGUUUUGAAAAAAUCAAAUAAAAUCUAGCAAAACUUGUGGUAUUUAAAUCGUAACGUAUUUCAAAGCACCUUGUACAGAUUUAUUUUGGUAUUCUAAAAGCCAUGGAUUCGUGGAGCAUUGGUGAUAAAAGAAUCAAUACAGAUUGUAAUAUAAUAAGUACCAUUGGAUGUUUUCAUACUAUGUUUACCUACCUCAUACAUUUCAUACUAUGUUUUCAUACUGUGUAUGAGGUAUAUAGAUAUAAUUAUUAUUCAUGUAUAAUACAGAGUUCCCUUAUGAAUCGCACAUUAUUUUUCAGCAUUUUAUAUAUUUGAUAGUAUAAAGGUUUGGUAUCUGGUUUUGUUGGUCCUGGGUGUUUUAUAUCCGUUUCAUGGAGAGGAACGUAACUUAUAAUCUUAUCUUUAGAAUACUCUCAUGAAAUAAUUAGCUUACUCAAAAAAUCCACCAAAUUUGAAGAGUUUCUACUGUAGAAUUAUAAAUGUAGUUCGUAGUAAAAGUAAAGAAAUAGGCUGCUUGCUUGCCUUUACCUAGUUAUUUGUAAUAGUUAAAUUCCCCUAAUGUCUAGUUUAAUGUCCCGUAUAUUCGAUAUUAUAUUUUAAAUGUUUUCUCAGUCGACACCAUUGUUGCACUUUCAUUUAUCUAGUCUAAACUUGAAAAGCCAUCCGUUUAUAGAUAUUCUAAGUAUAGGUGUUCAAUCGAUGGCGUAAUUUAUAGUAAUAUUAUGGCACCAAGUUCGCUACUGUCUACACUAUUUUGUGCAUGACAUGAUAUAAACAGAGUUAAAGCGACAUUACCGUUGAAACCAAGUAUUUAACUAGAUAAUUAAAACUUAGAUUGGAAGACAUUCCGAAUUGAUUGCCCUUAGUUGACUCGUACACAACAAUCGUGCCUUGGUUUCCUUUAGUCUCAAAUUAGUUUCCUGAUUAUAUUGUUGUAUUUCUCUGUGAUCUAGGAAUGUAUCUUAUGUAUGUAAUCUAUAGUGUAAUAAGUACUACUUUGGCGUAAAGUAAGUCCCCUUUAUUCUGGAUGUAAAUAAACUGUUAUAAUAUUUAUUUAUGUGCGACUUUAUUGUAGUGUAUAAACUAAUCUACCAUCCCAAGGUUUUAACAAAUGUAUUUGCUUACUUGUAGAGCUUAUUAGUCUUGCAUCAAUAAAGAAGGCUAUUUUUAA